CCCCACGUGUCUCUCCGCGCUGUCCGCCGCCGGUGCGCCCCGGUUCCGCCGCGAUGCCCAAGGCCCGGCGGGCGCGGGGCUCGGGCGCGGCCCCGGCGCUGCCCUUGGCCGAGCAGAUCCUGCAGGACGCGGCUCCGCGGGCGCGGGGGAGGCGCGGGGAGCCCGGCGGGGCGGAGGAGCGGGGCGGGGAUGGCGGCGGCGACGGCUUCGUGGACGCGCGGCUGUCCCGGCGCAUCCUGGAGCAGGCGCGGCGGCAGCAGGAGGAGCUGGAGGCCGAGCACGGCCCCGGGGCGCCCGCAGCCCCCCGGCAGCGCAGCGUGGUGCUGGGUCCCGGCUCGGACUCGGAGGAUGACGAGGAAUGGCCCUCGCUGGAGAAGGCGGCGGCGGCCGCGGGACGGAGCGGGGAUUACGGCGGGGAGGUGGAGGUGGACCCCGAGGAUGAGAAAGCCAUCGAGAUGUUCAUGAACAAGAACCCGCCGCUGAGGCGCACCCUGGCCGACAUCAUCAUGGAGAAGAUCACGGAGAAGCAGACGGAGGUGGAGACGGCGCUGUCGGAGAUCUCGGGCCGCCCCAUGCCCCAGCUCGACCCCCGUGUCCUGGAGGUCUACAGGGGUGUCAGGGAGGUGCUGUCCAAGUACAGGAGCGGGAAGCUCCCCAAGGCGUUUAAAAUCAUUCCUGCCUUGUCCAACUGGGAGCAGAUCCUCUACAUCACUGAGCCAGAGACGUGGACGGCUGCUGCCAUGUACCAGGCCACCAGGAUAUUUUCCUCCAACCUGAAGGAGAGGAUGGCCCAGCGCUUCUACAACCUGGUGCUGCUGCCGCGGAUCCGCGACGACAUCGCCGAGUACAAGCGGCUCAACUUCCACCUGUACAUGGCUCUCAAGAAGGCUCUGUUCAAGCCAGCGGCCUGGUUCAAGGGGAUCCUCAUCCCACUGUGCGAGUCCGGCACGUGCUCGCUCAGGGAGGCCAUCAUCAUCGGCAGCAUCCUCACCAAGUGCUCCAUCCCCGUCCUGCACUCCAGCGCGGCGCUGCUGAAGCUGGCCGAGAUGCAGUACAGCGGCGCCAACAGCAUCUUCCUGCGCCUGCUCAUCGACAAGAAGUACGCGCUGCCCUUCCGCGUGCUGGACGCGCUGGUCUUCCACUUCCUGGCCUUCCGCACCGAGCAGCGGCUGCUGCCCGUGCUGUGGCACCAGAGCCUGCUGGCCCUGGCGCAGCGCUACAAGGAGGAUUUGUCCUCGGAGCAGAAGGAGGCUCUGCUGGAGCUGCUCAAGUUCCACAGCCACCCGCAGAUCUCGCCCGAGAUCCGCCGCGAGCUGAUGAACUCCAAGACGAGGGACGUGGAAGGGGAGCAGGCGCCGGCCAUGGAAUGAGGAGGGAAAUGCUGGAGGCUGGUCCGGCCAUGGAAUGAGGAGGGAAAUGCUGGAGGCUGGUCCGGCCAUGGAAUGAGGAGGGAAAUGCUGGAGCCUGGCCCUGGGUGCAGCUGGGAGCCUGCAGCAGGAGCAUCCUGCCCGCAUCCCGCUGCUCCGAGCGGGCACUGGGACAGACAGAGCCCACAGAGCCGGGCUGAGAGCCCCGUGCCAGCAUCACAGGGCAGCCCCUGUCCCCCCCAGGAGCCCGGUGCCACCAGCACUGGGACACUUUGGCUUGUUCCUGUACUCGGAAAUAAAACCAGAGCUGUGUCCAUCA